AUGAGUGAGGUGAAUCACCAAAGGAUCAAAACCAAUGGAAUAUGGAUGCACAUAGCAGAGCAAGGGGCUGGACCACUGGUGCUUCUUCUUCACGGCUUUCCAGAAUUUUGGUAUUCAUGGCGCCACCAAAUCACCUUUUUGGCCAGUCAUGGUUAUCAUGUGGUUGCACCUGACUUGAGAGGCUGCGGUGACUCUGACUCUCCUCUCACCCCCAACUCCUACACUAUAAUACAUCUUGUUGGCGACCUCAUAGGCCUUCUUGACCAUUUUGGUGAACAACAGGCAUUUGUCGUGGGGCAUGACUGGGGCGCAGUUGCUGGGUGGCAUCUGAGCUUGUUGAGGCCUGACAGAGUCAAGGGACUAGUCACUUUAAGUGUUCCAUACUUUCAAAGAUCUCAUAGUUAUGCAGCUGUUGACCAUUUCAGGCAAACGUUUGGAGAAGGGUGUUUCAUCUGUCAGUUUCAGGAACCGGGAAGAGCAGAGAGGGCCUUUGCAAGGUAUGAUUAUUUGACAGUGAUGAAGAAGUUCUUGCUUUCAGCCAAGAGGGAUUAUCUGGUAGCUCCUCUAGGUAUGGAGAUCAUUGAUUACCUGGAGACACCAUCGGUGAUGCCAAAAUGGAUUACUGAAGAGCAACUCCAGGUCUACGCAGACAAGUUCCAAGAAUCUGGCUUCACAGGUGCCCUCAAUUAUUAUCGUGCUAUAGACCUGAACUGGGAGCUUCUGGCACCAUGGCAAGGAUCAAAAGUUACUGUCCCAACAAAAUUCAUGAUAGGUGACAAAGAUCUCGGUUUUGAAUCUAUUGGUACAAGGGAAUAUGUGACAGGGGAUGUUUUCAAGGGACUUGUCCCCAACGUAGAAGUUGUUAUACUAGAUGGGCACCAUUUUAUCCAACAGGAGAAAGCUCAAGAAGUCUCGGAUGAAAUUCUUUCCUUCCUUAACAAAUUUACUAUGGAUUAGUGGAUUUUCUAGUGUUUUGAAGCACAGUAGUGCCCUUCCUCUUCAGUUAUUAUACAUAUACGAAAUUUACAAGUUUA